UGGGGAUAAAUAUAAAAUAAAAUUGAUGGCUGGAUGUGUAAAAAAAAGAAUACAUUGCAUUUUUUAGUUGCCUGAUAUAAAUGUUUGUGUAAUUAUGUUUUAUAUGAAUCAAAUAAGUGUAGCAACAUUUAUAUAUGUACGAAAUAAACGGGUUUUAUUGUUUUAAAUUUGUUGGAACAAUGUCAGACCCUUUUUUUUUUUUUUUUGGUGAAGCAGGGUCGUAUCCUAGCAACCGAUAUUAACAAACAGGAUGGAUGACAAGAUGCCGACCGAACGAGAGAAAGAAGCUUCUGCGUACCUGGAAAAACACAAAAUCUUCGAUCUCAUGAAAAACCUCACCAGCAUGCUCUUCUUUUAUAGACCCGAUGAUCCCAAAGAGUUUCUGAUCGAGAAACUCACACAGCUAAAACAAGCUCGAGAUAGUGGCCAAAAAGCACCCAGUCUCCUCAGCCCUUCUAACCUGGAUGCAGCGUUUGGUAUAGUGGACCCAGCUAAUGAAAGACAUGUCUCGUUUGCACGGUACAAACAGGCUCUCAUCUCAUUGGGCAUGAAAGACAUAAAUGAGUGUCCUGACGGCGUAAACGAAGACAAAAUAUCCUAUGAUACUUUCAUAACAGAAGGGAUGCUUAGCUUGGAGAAAUGCUCAGCGACAUACAAACAACCUUAAAUUUAAAAUUUACUCCUAAAAGUAACAGUUUCUUAGUCUCUUUAUACACUUUUGCAAUGUUUUUCCAGUAUUCGCUGUGAUACAGACCAACAUGAUUGCAUGACAUUAUUUUAUAACAAUGCAGACCCUGAUAAAUAAAAGAAUAAAACAGCAAAACAUA